UCGGGGGUUCUCCCGGGAAGCCCUCGCAGCCGCGCGGGGCUGGGGGCGCCGAGCGGAGCAGGUGCGCCCCCGCCCCCGCCGCGUCUCCAGCGUCUCCAGGCGGCCAUUAUCCGCAGCAGCGCAGGCCACACCUGGGCCCGCAGCCCUCCGCCCUCCCCGCGCCCCAGCAGCCUGUCUGGGAGGAGGGGACUCCUGGGGCAGCCCAGCCGGCGGGGGGAGCGGCGCCCCGCGCCCUGGAGGUCCGCAGUCACCAGCGGGGAGGACCCGCGCGAACACGAGUCCCACCCCCACAUUCAGUAGGAGCUUCGGAUCCCAACACCUCAGCUGAGACCAGAGAUGGAGCGGGUGGUCGUGAGCAUGCAGGACCCCGACCAGGGCGUGAAGAUGCGGAGCCAGCGCCUGCUCAUCACCGUCGUCCCCCACGCGGUGGCGGGCGGCGACGUCGUGGAGUGGCUGAUCCAGAAGUUCUGCAUCCCGCAGGAGGAGGCCCUGCACCUGGGCACGCUUCUGGUACAGCAUGGCUACCUGUACCCGCUGCGGGACCCUGGCAUCCUGGUGCUCCGGCCCGACGAGACACCCUACAGGUUCCAGACCCCGUACUUCUGGACGAGCACCCUGUGGCCAGCCGCCGAGAUGGACUAUGCCAUCUACCUGGCCAAGAAGAACAUGCGGAAGCACGGGGCCCUGCUGGACCAUGAGAAGGAGCGCUAUGUCCAGCUACACAAGAGGAUCAACCACGCGUGGGACCUGGUGCUGAUGCAGGCCAGAGAGCAGCUGCGGGCAGCUAAGCGGCGCAGGAAGGGGGACAGGCUGGUCAUUGCGUGCCAGGAGCAGACGUUCUGGCUGGUGAACAGGCCCCCGGUGAGCCCUUGCUGGGGAGCGGGGGCAUCAUGCUUCCCUGGAAACCUCCGGCAGGGCCUCCGUUUUGAGGCUGUGGAGGGACUCACCUUCCAGGUUCUCCUGGUUUACCCAGAGAUCUGCAGGCCAGGGCUGAGGCUGCCCCACCCCCAGACCACAGGACAUACCCGUGUCUAUUUCAGUCUGAGCGGCACCGAAGACCCUCAGGAGGAGGCAGAGUGCGGGCUGGCCUCAGCUACAGCAUGGGGGACUGAGCCUGGGGCCCCCAACGUGCUGGAGCAGGGUCCAGAGCGGGGCUGCUGCACCGCCAGCCCAGUGCAGAUGACCAAGAGCUUGGAUUUCUACAAGCGGGAGAUCGAGCGCUACAGGAAGGCCCUGGGCAGGGCCCGGGUGAAGUCUUCUGUCUGCCUUGAGGCGUACCUGCAGUACAGCGUCCAGCACCGGCUGCACGACCCCAUCCUGUCGGGGUGCCUGCCCGGCAACCCCUGGAUCACAGACAACGCCGCCUACUGGGCCGUGAACUCGCCCACGGCGGCUGCGCCCACCAAGCUCCGCGUGGAGCGCUGGGCCUUCAGCUUCCAGGAGCUGCUGGAGGACCCCCUGGGGCGGGCGCACUUCAUGGACUUUCUCGGGAAGGAGUUCAGUGCCGAAAACCUGAGCUUCUGGGAGGCGUGCGAGGAGCUGCGCUACGGAGGGCAGGCCCAGGUCCCCGCCCUGGCAGACGCCGCGUACCAGCAGUUCCUGGCUCCCGGCGCUGCCCGCUGGGUCAACAUUGACAGCCGGACGAUGGAGCGGACCCUGGAAGGGCUGCGCCAGCCCCACCGCUACGUGCUGGACGACGCGCAGCUGCACAUAUACAUGCUCAUGAAGAAGGACUCCUACCCGAGGUUCCUGAAGUCUGACUUGUACAAGGGCCUGCUGGCGGAGGCGGGGAUCCCACUGGAGAUGAAGAGACGGGUGUUCCCGUUCCCACGGAAGCCGUGGCACUCAAGCCCCAGCCCCGCUGUCCUUCCUACUUCUGGGGAGCCCAUGGUGGCUGGCGGCCCUGGGGAUGGUGACAAGGUGGCCUAGGUGGACCUGGCCCCCGUCGUCCUCACCUCCUGCUUCCUCCCAGGCCCUCCUGCCCAGCACCCUGCCGACUGCGCAGUCACCCUCCUCCUGGCCCAGGGUCCUGGCAGCUGCUGCCUCUCCCGUACAGGUGUCCCUGUGGCAGAUGUGGGGCACACAAGCCUCUCUCUAGCUUCCUUCUCCUUUUCCCCUGGGCAAGUCCUCUUCCGCCAGGGGGACUGGUCCCGUGCUGAUUCCCAGGGAGGGGGCUGCACUGGCCACGCUUGGGUUGGGGCAGGCCAUUACCUGAAGAAAGGUGAGACCAGGGCCACGAGUUCCUGGCAUGCUGUGGUCUUCGAUUCGGCACUGGGUGCCCAUCCCCAUCUCUAGAACCGUCGCAUCAGCCGGUGAAUACCUGGAAGCAAUACGCACAGACACGUGGCUUCCCUCAGGUGGCACUUGCCAGGUGAUGAGGAGAUGCAGGUCUCAGGGCAGACCCUGCCUGCCCUGUCUAGGAGCAGCCCUGCUGUGAGGACCCAGUGAGGACCCUGGACAGCUCCCUCGGCUCUGCGGGGGCCGUGGUGACCCUGCAUCAUGCUCACUGCCUUCCAGAGCUGCGCCCGCACCACCCUUGCCUGGACUGGGACCACAUGUGUUCCGGAACUUGAUUUUCCACCUCGAGGCUGUGGUUUCUGCCCCAGAUUUGUACAGAUGACUCUGACAUCAUCACUCCACUGACAAUGAGGCCUCUCUUCCCGUCAGGGCAGAUCUUGGCAGGUGUCCUCCCUGCCAAGCCUUUCUCUGUGCACCACGUUACUCCCCACCCCCAAGUGUCCCACCGUCCCCCAGGCUGCAUGAAGGCACAGGCCAGCUCCUUUGGGGGCGCAGCUCUGCCUGGCCCAGCUCGGAGUGCCACCCUAGCCACAGGGCUUGCCCACACGUCAAGCUCCCAGCCCCUUCCAGCAAAAAACUAAAAGACCCUUUGGUCCUCACUUUGA